AUGGUCAAAAAGAAAUUAAAUAGAUCUCUUUUUUCAACAAUUAGUCAACAAAUAAAUAAUAAAUCAUCAGCUGAAUAUCAUCUUAUUGAUAAUGAAUAUUAUAUUGGAUUUAAUUCAAUUGAUGAUAUUCAACAAUUUCAUAAUAAAUUAAUUGAAAAACAAACAAAUUAUAAUAAUGAAAAAGAUAAUAAUCAACAAUUUGAACAAGAUAAUAAUGAAAUAGAUAUGAAAACAUUUGCACAAAAAUAUCUUAUUGAUUUACCUGAAACAUUAAUAAAUAAUAAUAAAAAUUUAUUAAAUAUAAAUCAAACAAAUUAUGAAUUAAAUACUAAAAGACAACGACGUAAUAUUAAAGAUUUACCACAAUCAAGUAAUUUUUUAUUUAUGUCUGAUGAUGAUAAUGGUAAUAUAUUCGAUAGUUUAACAGAAAAAAAAUCUUCAUUACGUACAAAUCGUAUUGCAUAUGAAGAUAUGAGUUCAAUACUUCUUACAUUAGAUGUUAAAACAUCAAAGAAAAAAAAAUCUUUAUCAAAAACAAAAAAUCAACAAGAACCCAUAAUAGCUAUUGAAUUAGCUGAACCAUCAAUGAUUAAAAAUGAACCUAUAGAACAAGAACAACUUGUUAUUACUCAUGUUAUCGAAACAAAAGAAGAACCUGUACAAAUAAAUGUUAUUCCAACUGGUCCAAUGUCUUUUGGAACAUCAGAAUAUUCUCAUGAUUUAGAUAAUUAUGUACAAAAUAUUCAUCGAUCAUGUACAACAAAUGUAUCUAUAUCGCCAUCAUCAUCAUUAUUACGACCAAAACGAAUACGUAAACGAAAAAAAUUCUAUAUUGAAGAAAGUGAAACAAAUAUUAAAUCAAAACGUAAACGAAAAAAACCAUCACAUAUAAAUAUUAAUUCAACAUUAUUAACUGAUGCAGAAAUUGAACAACAAUUUGGUGAACGUUUAUCACCAACUAUUAAAUUAGAAAAUCAUAAUGAAAUACAACAUAAUAUUAAUAAUCAUAUUAUUAUUGAAACUCAAUCUAUAUCUGAAACACCUAUUGAAAAAGCAAGAAAAAAAUUAAUAAAUGCUUUAGGACGUGGUCAUGAUCCUGAUACAUUUUUAUUAAAAAUUCGUUCACGUGAAAAUAAAAUAUUCGAAAUUGAAUUAGCUAUAUAUAGUACAACUGAUUGGUAUUCAUCUCGUUCAAAAAUUUUAUCAAAAGUUGAAGAGGCACUUCGUGGUCUUCGUGUUAGUUGGACAAAAAUUGAUAUUCGUGUUGAUUAUUUUGAUGUACAAAUAUGUACAUCAUCUCAAACGACUUCUAUAUCAACAUUAUCAACAAAUAUGAAUUCAUCAUGGUUUUUAAAAGUAUUAAGUGAAUCUGGACCAUUAAUUGUUCAUAUACAUGAUAGACGACAUCCACAACAACGACAUUUUAUUAAAUGUUUAUGUUCUCAAUGUUCAUCACAUGAACAAAUAAAUGAUUCAUCAUUACCAAUUAUUGUCAGUGUUUCUCCUGUUAAAUUAACAUCUAAUCGUUAUCUAUCAUCUCCAACUAUUCUACGUAAAACUUCUCAAAUAUAUAAUUCAACUAUAAUAUCUUCAUUAUAUAAUAUUCAUACAAAAUUUUUUCAAGAUCUUAUUUAUCAAUAUGGUACAAAUACAAUUAGUUCUAUAACACAAUGUAUAUUUGAUUUAACACUUAUUGUUAGUGUUCAUUCAUCAUUAUCAUAUUUUAAUACAACAAAUGAUGAUUAUGAAAAAAUUUAUCAACAUAUUAUUGAUCCACUUAAAUAUACAAUGAAUACAAAUGAAAAUAUAAUACGAAAAAAAUAUUUUAUUCAACCAGAUAUUUUAAUAUUCUAUCAAACAAUUAAAAAAAAUAAAGCAAAUAUAAGAAAUGCACAAUCAAUGAAAAAUAUAAUUUUUAAUACAAUUUUACAAACAUCAAAUGUAAUUAAAACAACAGAAUUAAUUCUACCAAAACAAACAAUAAAUCGUCGUUCUCUUAUUAUGAAUCGUUGUAAUAAACGUCAAAGAAAUCAAAUAUUAAAUAAUUCAAAUUAUAAUGGAGUGAAACAACAAGCACAUUUUACACCAAUUAUUGAACUUAAACCAAUUUUAGGUGGAUCAACAUCCAUUGAUGAAUGUGAUAAUGAUGAACCAAUUAGAAAAGUCACAAAAAUUAUAUCAACAAAUACAAUACAAAAAGAUUCACAACGUAUCAAUACUAUUACAACACGAGAGAUUACUCCGCGUGUAAUUCGUUUAUCAAUUAAUAAACCUCCGUCAUUACCUACGAAUUCGAUUCGAUUAGUAACAUCAACAACUUCACAUCCGAUUGCAUCUGUCGAUAAAAUUGAAACAUCACCAUUAGUACCUAAACAGAUUAAUAUCAUCAAACCGUUAUCAUCAUCAAUUACUCCAGCUAUUAAACUUGCUAAUCCGAUACUUAUUUCUAAUAAAUCUCAGCAGCCGUCGAUGAACUAA